UUGACAAGUCAUGGCGCCGUCUUUGGAGGAACCGAUCCAAAAUGUAGAUGACGCCCUCGAGGCCAACUUGAAGAAAGCUCCCAACCUCGUAGCACCAGAACCGGAGCACUGUCCAGGCCCAGAAUCACAAAAUGCAGGCAAAGGAGACGCAUGUGCGGGAUGUCCUAACCAGGCCAUAUGCGCGUCCGCGCCCAAAGGACCCGAUCCCGACAUUCCCGUCAUCACAGAGCGACUGGCCGGCGUCAAGCACAAAAUUCUGGUGCUGAGCGGCAAAGGCGGAGUGGGCAAAAGCACAUUCACCACUAUGCUCGCACAUGCGUUUGCGAGUAAUCCCGAGAACAUGGUCGGUAUAAUGGACACGGAUAUCUGUGGACCCAGCAUUCCGAAGAUGAUGGGCGUUGAGGCUGAGACGAUUCAUGUCACCAAUACGGGAUGGGAGCCGGUUUGGGUCAGCGACAAUCUGGGCGUGAUGAGUGUGCAGUUUAUGCUGCCGAAUCGAGAUGAUGCGGUCAUUUGGAGAGGACCGAAGAAGAAUGGACUUAUCAAGCAAUUUCUCAAGGACGUGGAGUGGGGAGAGAUGGACUAUCUAUUCGUUGACACACCUCCCGGCACAUCCGACGAGCACCUCAGCGUGAACAGCUACCUCAAAGAAUCCGGUGUCGACGGAGCCGUGAUCGUGACCACACCGCAAGAAGUCAGUCUGCUGGACGUGCGCAAGGAAAUCGACUUCUGCCGCAAAGCCGGGAUCCGAGUACUCGGACUGGUCGAGAACAUGAGCGGAUUCGUCUGUCCAAAGUGCACACACCAGUCGGAAAUCUUCCGUGCAACGACUGGUGGCGGACGGAAACUAGCGAAGGACACGGGCAUUCCAUUUCUUGGUGCGGUGCCACUGGAUCCGAGGAUCGGUAUGGCUUGUGAUUAUGGUGAGAGCUUUUUCGACAACUUUGGCGAUUCGCCCGCUUGCAAGGCACUCAAGGAUGUCGUGAGGGCAGUGGGUGCCGAGAUUGGUGUUCCGGCGGAUCAAAUACUGGCAGAGGAUUGAGAGCUUUGCGAUCAUGGACCCGCCAGGUACGAACGAGGACAGCAAGUUGUGUGCUGUCGGCCGGGAAAGCUCAACCGAUGGACAUUCCGCAAGUGAGAGCUUCGGUCCCACCAGACAAUGGGAGCUGUGCUUGAGCAUCAACAACGCCAUCGUGUAAGCAGCAGACCGCAGUGCUCGCCGACGGCCUUCGGCAGUACGUGAGUAAUCUAGACAGGGCUGCGGGCGCUUUGGGCGGUGACGUUGGAACGAUACUUCGCUGCAGCCUGCGGCGUUGAGCUGUCCAUUUGCCACCGUUGCCAGGCUGUGACAACUUUGGAUGAUCAGUAGGAUCAGAAGGCUGGACGAUAAUGAAGUUCUCAGCCGUCAAUAUUGCGAAGAAUGGUGGUGACUGCGUCGGAGUGUAUCGCUGUCGGAGUCGAGGGAAGUCAAGACGAUGGGAGGUAGAUACGGUGCCAUGUUGAGCAGAGCUUGAUAGCAAUGUGUGAUCAUGAACGCUCAGGGCGUGCGUGUUGUUGAGCAUUCUCAUCAUAUCGCUGUUCGCUUGCGAUACUAUUUACAUUAAGUGUUUGCCGAAGCCUGUCUCUCGAGACAGCCAUCUUCAGUCUGCUGACAGGCGAAGUGACUGGUCCAC